CGAUAGCACUGAUAUCGAUUGCGAGGUAAAUGUUGUUGCCACGGCCAAUUUGACGCCGCCAAGGAUCUGAGCCGUAUACCUAAUGAUGCAGUGAGUAGUAUCAAGUAACAAAGGAUGCCUAAUCCCGCAAACCGCUCGCGCAGACGAUCCCGUGCCAGCAGCACGAGCAGCGGCCGCCAGCCGGCCCCGCCGCCAACGGGACUGCCCCAGCCGCAGGCUCAGCCGCUGGAGGCGCCCAAGAUUAUUGUGAUCCAUCCGGGCUCGCAGCACCUGAGAAUCGGGCGGGCGGCCGACCUGAAUCCGAUCACUCUGCUCCAUGCGGUGGCCUACAAGAGGCGGCAGGUGGACGGCGACUGGCCGCACCACGAUGCCCUGCUGCCGCCGCUGGACAACAUCAAUCCCGCCCAGCUGCAGGUGGAGUUCGAAGCACAGCGCCUGGCGGUGUCGAGCAUCCUGCAGCAUUGCGUCGUUGAUGAGAAGAACCGGCUGCGGGUGGCCACUCCGCCGCAGCAGUUGGCCAACUUCAACCGCAGCAGCCCGGCCGAAAAGGUGCCGCCGCCAAGUGGCCAGCCGCCGGAGGACCAGCUGCCCUGGCUGGAUCGCGAGGCACCCGUCCUGUUUGACGACAGGAUCCUGCGUCUCAGCGCCUUCGAUGCCCGCGACUACGACAUCCAUUUUCCCAUUCAAAGGGGCGAGCUGAAUGUGCACAAGGAGAAGGGCGGUUCGCUGCAGGCCAGUCUGCAGCAUUUGGAGCGCAUCUGGGCAUAUGCCCUGGAGGCACGUUUGAAGAUACCGCUGCGCGAUCUGGGCACCCACUGCGCCGUCUUGGUGGUCAACGAUGUCUAUGUGCGGCGGCAUUUGCGCGAGUUCAUGACCCUGCUGCUGCAGCGCCUCGGCUUCCGGCGCUGCUUCCUCGUCCAGGACAGCGUGGCCUCCACCUAUGGCGCCGGCAUUGGCUACGGCUGUGUGGUGGACAUUGGCGCCCAGAAGACCUCCAUCGCCUGCAUCGAGGACGGCAUUUCCCAGCUGGACGCCAGGGUGAGGCUGCCGUACGGCGGCGGUGACCUAAACCAGGUGCUCCUCAUGCUGCUGCGCAAGUGCGGCUUUCCCUAUCGCGAGUGCAACGUCCAGGACAGCUAUGUGGAUGCUCAUCUGCUGGAUGAACUGAAGGAGAAGUUCUGCCAUCUGAACGCCAGCGUUUGCGGCGCCCAGGAGAAGCACUUUACCCUGCGCAAGCAGAACGGCCAGUGGCUGCGCUACACCAUCCAGGUGGGCGAUGAGGCCAUCAUGGCUCCGCUGGCCCUCUUCCACACCGAGCUGCUGAACAUUACGGGCCGGACGAGAGCGGUUUGCACGCAGCAGGCGGCUCAGGAGCAGUACGAUUGCGAGGACUGCUUCGAUGCGGAGUAUCUGAAGGAGACGGGCCGCAAGAACGGGGUAAGGGGUGGCGACACCUUGCCCCUGGCCACGGGCCCCGGAUCCCUGCCACGCCCCCCGCUGCCGGUGACCGCAGACGACGAGGAGCUCAUUGUGGUGGAUCAGGACGAGGCCAACAGCAACUGCCAGCCGCAGCAGGCGGCGCAGACAGUUGGCGGACAGUCCAAUGCGAAUGGCUGCUACCACAGUGGCCAGGGCCAGGUGCUGCCCCUGGACCAGGCCAUAAUCCGGGCCAUCAACCGGCUGUCCAGCUACGAGACCAAGCGCAAGAUGUUCGGCUCCAUUCUGCUCGUGGGCAGCAGUGCCAAGUUGCCGGGACUGGCCGCCUGGCUGGAGCACCGCAUUAGCCAGCAGAUCCAGCCCACCGGCGCCGAGGUGAACGUCUUCACCAAGGGCAUGGAUGCGGGCAUGGUGGCCUGGAAGGGAGCGGCCAUUAUGUCCGUGCUGGAGAGCGCCCGCGAGCUGUGGAUCUCGCAGCACGACUGGCAGCGCUACGGACUACGGAUACUCCGCGAGAGAUCGCCCUUCCUCUGGUGAGAUGGCCAUGGCCCCCAUCUCAUUGCAUUUCGAAUAUGUUUAGGGAAACUGUAAAUGUUAAUUAUAGAGAACAAGUUAUGUAGGAUCCUAGCAGUAGGCUCUAAGUUUCGACCAAAGCAUCAACGACUAUUGCAACCGAUUAUCCUGAAGCGUGUUGGCGCUCACGAUCAUUUCAUAAAGAAAA